AUGGGCCAGGACUUCUACGAAACACAACUAAUAGUUUUAACAUGCUGUUGCGGCCUCUUCCUCCUUGUUGAACACAUUCUCUCAAGAAGCAAGAUCUCUUCGAGAGAUGCAGCUGAAGCACGCAUGGAAGACGGAGGAGUACCAAACACGUCCUUAUUGGCCAAAUUGACGCGACAAUAUCUCUUCGUAUACGCGAUGGUUAUGGGUGCAGACUGGUUACAAGGACCGUACAUUUACAGCCUUUAUAGAGAGCAAUAUAAAUUCCCCGAACGACUUGUGGCUCUCCUUUUUGUCACUGGAUUCUCAUCUGGAGCUCUGACGGCGCCUUUGGUUGGCGCAUGGGCUGAUCAAUUUGGGCGGAAAAAGAUAUGCUUAAUUUUCUGUAUAACUUAUACUCUAUCAUGCGCUUGUAUCUUCGUUCGGUUCCUUCCCAUCCUACUCAUUGGACGAUCGCUCGGUGGAAUCUCCGGCUCUAUCCUCUUCUCUGCGUUCGAAUCAUGGCUCAUAUCUUCCUCGAAUGGUGCAGGCAUUUCUGACUCCGAUUUAUCUCGAAUCAUGGGUCGUGCUUCCUUAAUUAACGGGCUGGUGGCGACCGGCGCUGGUGUUGUCAGUAAUCAACUCGUAUCUUCCACAAGCAACUUUGGAUCCCCUUUCCUGUUGAGCGGAGCUAUCCUUGUUCUUGCCUGGUUCGUGAUAGCUAGGACAUGGCAAGAGAACUACGGAUCCAGUGCUAAGGAAGCGGGUGCGCAGAAUAUCAGUAUUUUCCAGAUAGAGCGUCUUGCGAAAGCAUGGAGCAUUGCUCGUCAAGACAAAGUCUUGCUGGUCCUUGGAUUGACUCAAACCUGCUUCGAAGGUUCGAUGUACCUAUUCGUCUUUCUUUGGGUCCCUUCUCUUCAAGAAGCGUCACAUUCUUCAAAUCUACUCCCCCUUCCUCUUGGAUAUAUUUUUUCUGCAUUUAUGAUUAGUAUGAUGCUUGGAUCUUUAUUAUACACCACCAUCACCUCCCAUGUUCUCACAUCGCCCUCAAAGUCCAACGAUAGUUCCCUUUCCAUUCAUGCCAAGCUGAGUAGCCUAGUUUGCGCCAUAAGUGGUCUGGCCCUCGCCGCAAGUGUCAGCUCUAGGAAUGAAAAGAUCCGCUUUUGGUGCUUUUGCGUAUUCGAGGCCUGCGUAGGAAUAUAUUACCCUGUUCAAGGGAUGCUCCGAGGGACACUGAUCCCCAAUGAACACCGAGCGACACUUUCUUCGCUGUUUCGUGUGCCUUUGAACGUCUUCGUGGUCGUGUCACUUCUGACUGGUGUCUCGUCUGCUCGGUAUGCCGUGCUCUCCGCAAGUUCUGUCAUGCUGGGAUUUUCUGCCAUUAUGACAGGGCUUGUCAUAGUCAAUCAUGCCGAUAAGUACUCAGUGUAG